AGUCCCACGUUACGCACUGCAGUACCAAUGGCGCUUUCUGAGCGAUUGGGUCUGUCUGAGCUGUAAAGCAGGAGCUCCCAGCGCAGAGCAGGCAGGAGGAGCUGAGUCUUAGAGCCGUACUUCAGCAGUCGUUCGCCGAACGAGCGUUUCUCUCCAGAAACCCACUUGUUCUUUCCAGUUGCCGGCAAUCUGUCACCAGCUCAACCCACCUCUCCGUGCCGACCAUGGCUUUCGAGAACACAUCCACCAACGUCGCUGCCUCGCAGAUGCGCAACGCUCUCAACAAGCUCGCCGAUGGCGUCACCGACCCCGCGGAAAAGAAGUACUUCGAGACUGAGAUGGACAACUUCUUCGCUCUGUUCCGUCGAUACCUGAACGAUAAGGCCAAGGGCAAUGCCAUUGACUGGAACCGCAUUGCUCCCCCGAAGAAGGAGCAGGUCGUCAACUACAAUGACCUCGCUAACUCCGAGGCGGUGGAGUACCUGAACAAGCUGGCUGUUGUCAAGCUCAACGGUGGUCUUGGUACCUCCAUGGGUUGCGUUGGCCCCAAGUCGGUCAUCGAGGUCCGCGAUGGCAUGUCUUUCCUUGACUUGUCGGUGCGCCAGAUCGAGUACCUCAACCGCACAUACGACGUCAACGUCCCCUUCGUUCUCAUGAACUCGUUCAACACAGACAACGACACCGCUAGCAUCAUCAAGAAGUACGAGGGCCACAACAUUGACAUCCUCACCUUCAACCAGUCCAAGUACCCCCGUAUCUUGAAGGACUCGCUUCUGCCUGCCCCCAAGUCCCGCGAGUCUGACAUUGCCAACUGGUACCCUCCCGGUCACGGUGACGUUUUUGAGUCUCUGUACAACACUGGCAUGCUUGACAAGCUCAUCGAGCGUGGCAUCGAGACUAUCUUCCUUUCCAACGCCGACAACUUGGGUGCUGUCGUCGAUCUCCGCAUUCUGCAGCACAUGGUUGACUCCAAGGCUGAGUACAUUAUGGAGUUGACCGACAAGACCAAGGCCGACGUCAAGGGUGGUACCAUCAUUGACUACGAGGGCUCCGUCCGUCUCCUCGAAAUCGCGCAGGUCCCCAAGGAGCACGUCAACGAGUUCAAGUCGAUCAAGAAGUUCAAGUACUUUAACACCAACAACAUCUGGAUGAACGUUAAGGCCAUCAAGCGCGUUGUUGAGCAGAACGAGCUUGCGAUGGAGAUCAUCCCUAACGGCAAGUCCAUUUCUGCCGAUAAGAAGGGUGAGGCCGAUAUCUCCGUUCUCCAGCUCGAGACCGCUGUCGGUGCUGCCAUCAAGCACUUCAAGGGCGCUCACGGUGUCAACGUUCCCAGGAAGCGUUUCUUGCCCGUCAAGACUUGCUCCGACCUUAUGCUCGUCAAGUCGGAUCUUUAUACUCUGCAGCACGGCCAGCUUGUCAUUGACCCCAACCGCUUCGGCCCCGCUCCCCUCAUCAAGCUCGGCAGCGACUUCAAGAAGGUUUCCAGCUUCCAGAACCGCAUCCCUUCGAUCCCCAAGAUCGUUGAGCUUGACCACCUGACCAUCACCGGUCCCGUCAACCUUGGUCGUGGUGUUACCCUGAAGGGCACCGUCAUCAUCGUUGCCACAGAAGGCUCCACAAUCGACAUUCCCCCGGGUUCCAUUCUCGAGAACGUUGUCGUUCAGGGUUCGCUGAGGUUGCUCGAGCACUAGAUGGGAUUUCACGGCGUUGUUGCAGUUUAUAGUAGAUUUACGAUAACAGGUCUUUCUGGUAUCGACUGACCAUGAUGGAUGGUACGCAUGUUUGUAGCUUAGCAAGCCUCUUCCAGGCGGCGAGGACGUAACGAUGCACGCCUCGGCUGCUUUAUGG